AGUCCCAACGUCACAUUUGGUUUGCAAUUUUGCUAGGAGGUAUCAUGAGAAGAGAGAUAUGUCCAUAUAUAAGUAUUUAUUUGUAUGUAUAUAUAAAUGACCAUGAUGUAUCCCUCCGUUUGUAAACUCGGUAGUCUUGCGCCUAAGCAACUGCACUUCUAUAAUCACCUGCACCACUUCUCUUCUAAGCACUAUCCGCAAAUGGCUCGUUCUGCUUUAGAUGAGAUGUCAGAAUCUGGCGCUUUUGUAAGAACCCCGUCAACAUUUCGUAACCUGAUUUCAAAAGAUCCAAACUCCACCUUCCCUGCGGAAGCUGGAAGAUACCACUUGUAUGUAUCAUAUGCAUGCCCAUGGGCCUCCAGGUGCCUUGCGUACCUGAAGAUUAAAGGGCUAGACAAAGCCAUCAGUUAUACAUCUGUUAAGCCCAUAUGGGGGAGAACAAAGGACAGCGAUGAUCACAUGGGUUGGAUCUUUCCUGCAUCAGAUACAGAGGAAGCAGGAGCAGGGGUUGACCCUUUUAAUGGAGCAAAAAGUAUAAGAGAGUUAUAUGAGAUUGCAAGUACAAACUAUGCUGGAAAAUACACCGUUCCUGUUCUCUGGGACAAAAAACUGAAGACCAUAGUGAACAAUGAGAGUGAGGAGAUAAUUCGUAUGCUUAACACAGAAUUUAAUGAACUCGCAGAGAAUGCAGCCUUAGACCUCUAUCCUUCUACAUUGCAAGAGCAUAUAAAUGAAGUGAACAGUUGGGUAUAUGAUGGGAUAAAUAACGGUGUUUACAAAUGUGGAUUUGCCAAGAAACAAGAGCCAUAUAAUGAGGCUGUGAAUAAGUUGUAUGAAGCCUUGGACAAAUGUGAGGAUAUACUUAGCAAGCAGCGAUACAUAACUGGGAAGACACUGACAGAAGCAGACGUUCGCUUGUUUGCAACUCUUAUAAGAUUUGAUGAGGUUUAUGCUGUUCACUUCAAGUGCAACAAGAAACUUCUGCGCGAGUACCCAAAUCUGUUCAAUUAUACUAAAGACAUAUACCAAAUCCCUGGAAUGAGUAGCACUGUCCAUAUGGAACAUAUCAAGAAGCAUUACUAUGGAAGCCACCCUUCAAUUAAUCCAUUUGGAAUUAUUCCCAGUGGUCCAAAUAUCGACUAUACAACUCCUCACGACCGAGAGAAAUUUUCUUCUUAAAAUUUUCUGUUACUGUAAUAACACGGAGAAGAAGCCUUUUUUUCUUGUAGCAAGAAAUUGUGUAGGUUUUCGGACACUGUAUAAUGUUCUCUGUUUAAUAAUUUGCAAAAGCAUGGCUAUCUGAAUAAGAAAAUAAGCAUAGUUCCAUAUAUUUUCACCGAACCAAA